UAGACAAUCAGGUCGCAUAGACAGAUUUGUGUAUACACGAGAAUCUGUCAGCGAUCCUCGGAGGCGCCGGUCGCUGCCGGACUGCCAAGCGGUUGACGGUGACGCCUGGAUCACAAAGUACCGACAGCAGAAGAAUUACGGCGACAGCUUAGACAGAGUCUUCGGAGUGGAGCAGGAGAAUGACAAGUACGUAGUGCAGCCCUGGCCCUGCGUCCCUCGCAAGCGCAGCUACCUCACCUCAGCAGACAGUAUACUUGACUUGCCAGCUUACAGCUAUGCUGAUUUUGCAGAAAUCCUCGACUGGAGCAGUGAUAACAUCUUAGUGGCGGCUCUGGGAAGGAACUACCACAAGUGGAGUUGGGGAAGCCAAAACCUGACGGGACAAGGCUUUGCGAUGCAGGAAAUUAUGUCCUGCAAAUUUGACCCACGCGGAGAACUUUUAAUGCUAGGUACAGACAAUCAGACUGUCGAGAUCCACAAUAACGAGAACAGCAAGUGUAUAUCGAAGAGCAGGUGCUACUGCAACCUGCCGCAGCAGGAGAUGUGUGCUGUCGUAGCUGUGGACUGGAGCCCAACGGGAAACUCAUAUGUCAGCGGCUGUACCGGGGGUAUAGUAGCGUCCUACACCCGAACUGGCAUAUACAUCAACUGGGCGCGGCACUCCAGGAAGCCGAUAUUCUCCGUCCGCAUAUCUCCUGACGCCCGCUUCGUGGCUGUCACCACGAUGGACACCACGCAAGUUAUUCUACUGUCUUGGCCCUAUUUGGAUCUGAUGAGCUGUUUGGACUUCGAUAAAGCGUAUACCAACUUGGUAACCGCAUGGCAUCCUUGGCGUAGCGCCCUCCUCGGCAUAGGCGCUGUGACGUCAAAAUACGAAACGAAGGUGGUGAUGUGCGAAGCCCCCACUGGCAAGGUCAAGAAGUCCACCCUGGGAGGCAGCCAGUACUACCUGGACGCUAUGCUGUUCAGCAACAGAACUGGAGAACUCGUUUUGAGCUUAUUUAAUAUAGAAAGAGGACUACUACAUCCAAAGACGAGCUCCCAAUUAGUUGUUCUGAGUAACCCCGAAACAGUAGUGGACCAGUGGUGUGACGACGGCAGGACGGGUCUCGACCGCGUCAGGACCAUGGUCUUUAGCCCUGAUGGCACUAAACUUGCCACUGCCACAUCCGACGAGGAUUUGAUCAUCUGGAACUUUCUACCAGAAGAUAAGAAGAUAAAGAAAACCCAGCUGAGAACGUUCUCGGCCAUUCCAGUAUAUAUGGACAUAGUAACACAGGGCUACGCCCUACGAUGAUUUUUUGAAGGCACUGGCUUGUACUUCUCGUUUAAUAAAUAUGUUUUGUCAAAUUUAUGUUGGUUUAA